AUGUGGGACCCCCAGACUGGGAAGACGUGGGAGGUUCAGAAUGCGCAAAUGCAGCAGCAGCAUCCGUACCAUGCUGCUCAAGAACUUGAACAGCCACCACCACUGGCACCCCAGGAGAUGUAUGCGACCUUCCCAGAGCUUGACAGCCCCCAAUCUCCCUAUCCAGUCGCCGAACUACCUACCAGUCCAAUUCUUUUGCCGAAUACGAUUGCGGGAACAGGCCGGGAGGUGCAGAGAGAGCGGGAGGCGGAACAGAAUGUGGCCAUGGCUCAAAGGGGUCACAACCCAAUUGCAUGUAAUAUCAAGUUGGUCCUCCGAAGGGGCACAAAUUAA